AUGGCAGAACAAGAUUUACAGCUCGAGUUUAUAGAAGACCUUGAAAUCUCUUCAGAGAAUGACGAACCAGAAAAAGACGAAAAUACAACUGAUGACUAUAUGGAAAAAUGGAAGAAGCUUUCUGGAAGUCACAAGAAUUCUGAAAAAGAAAGAAGUUUGAGAUCACUUAAAAAGAUACUCGGCAAAAACCCAACCGAAUCAGAAAAAGAUGAAGAAGAAGAAGAUAAAGAAGAAGAAGAAGAAGAAGAAUAUAUCUUUGAUAGAGAAGCAUAUAGACUAAAUAAUGCUCUUUUCUAUGGUGAAAUUACCGAAAAAGACAGUAAACAUAUUGACAUGACACAGCCGUUUGAAUCGGCAGAUGAUAUCGAAUUACAUCCUCCUCUGGGUAUUCUUGAAAGUGUUAAUAGACUUACAAAUCUAUACCUUUCCGCUGAAAGGCAGCCAAAACACGUGAAUAGGUUUGACAUAUCUGCCCUAAUGUGCCUAGGUUCACUUGUAGAAGAAUACACAAAACAUAUUACCACUAGUCUUGAUGCCAAAAUCUCGGCUGUCAAUAAAGACACAAACCCUGACGAGAAUAACGAUUUAACAAAAGACGCUUUCGAAUCCGUGGAUAAUGAACCCGAACAAAGCAAGCAAGCAAACGUGGAACACAGCAUUAAAUCAGAAACAGAUCAAGCGGAGGACAUAAUUGUGAAUCACCAAAAAUCAGACAAUUCACGUAAACGAACGAAGAAAUCUAGCCGUAAUGAUCGCACAAAGAAAAAACUUAAGGGUGUUAAAAUCGAUCUUUCCGAUAGUCCAAAAGUGAAAAAACACAAGUCGAAAUAA